AUUUUUUUAAAUGAAAUCUGGUAACCCAAGCUUUCGCUACCGGGUGUUCGCAUUUUGUAGUAUGUACUUUGACUCAAUUAUUUCAAAUUGAUAGUAAAGCGGCAAUUGAAUUACACCCAUGUAUUUCUGAAUAAUUGUAAAGUGAAUUGUAUUAAAUUUAGCCCUAAGUAUAGCUUAGAAUUAUGGCCGAAUUUUUAAAAGGUUUACUAUUAUCAGUGUUAUCAGAAAAGUGUUACGAUGAGUAUUUCAUCGAUUAUAAUUUCUUUGAUGCCUCCUGUUUCAAAGCCACGCUUAGUAAAGGACUCGGUAUCGGUAUAAUUGCUGGAUCGAUAUUAGUGAAAGUGCCCCAAAUUAUAAAAAUUCUAAAUAGUAAGAGCGCCCAGGGAAUCAAUGUCUACGGCGUGUACUUGGAAUUGUUUGCGAUCACCGCAAACUUUGCUUACAGUUAUGUUAUGGGAUUUCCUUUCAGCGCUUGGGGUGAAGGAACAUUUUUAGCAAUUCAGACGGCCAUCAUAGCAUGUCUAGUGCUGCACUAUGGUGGAGCACCAAUAAAGGCUGCAGGUUUUCUAGGUGCCUAUGUAGGCCUUGUAUCAGCUUUAAUAGGUGGAUUCACACCUACCGAUGUUUUGUGGACAAUGCAAGCUGUUAAUGUACCCAUAAUACUUAUAGCUAAGUCAAUUCAAGUCAUAACAAACUACAAGAAUGGCAGCACAGGACAAUUGUCAGCAAUAACCUGUUUCCUGUUGUUUGGUGGCAGUAUAGCAAGAAUAUUUACAUCCAUUCAAGAAACAGGAGACUUUAUUAUUAUAUUGACAUACUGUGUGUCCACUGCGGCCAAUGGUGCUCUGGUGUUGCAAUUGUGUUGGUAUUGGAAUGUAGACGCCACUAAAGCUAGCAAAAAUAAAAACAAGAAAAAGAAGAAGCAUGCAUAACAGAUUUUAUGCUGUGGCUUUGAAAUACAUUUUUUAUUGAAAUUA